UUUCCUCUUCUUUUUUUUUUUCUUCACCCGGCUCAUUUUUAGGGGAAAAGUUAAUACUGCUCUAGCUCCGCCCCCCUUUCGCCUCCUCCCUUCUCGUCUGAGGCAACCUAUUUAAGCUCGGCUGGUUGUUGGCUGCCACUUCACAAACUUCCAGGCAACUGGAGUUUCAAGCCGCUCUUCAUUCUUUCUCCCAUUUUUCUCUUUUUCGUUAACAAAGAAACAAUUGAACAUUUCACAAAUGAUCGUCUCUACGAUCUCCGAGAAGGUGGAUAAGUCGGACGUUGAAUCCAUCUCGUCCGAAACUAUCAAAGAUGAGUCCGGUUUGAGUUUGUCACGAGCUUAUUCCAUCACUUCGGAGCCACCCGCGUACAAGAAGCAAACAGCUUCAUCGGUCCGCAUCGCCCGAUUGAUCGCAAUCACAGUCGUGGCUGUCGCUCUCAUCUUGGGCACGGCCAUCGUUCUUGCCGCUUAUUUGCAAACGAGACACACCAACAACAGUGCAAUUCACUCUGCGGCCCCAGCAGCAGCAGCCAGCUCGACCGAGACGAACAAGGCGGCCACUGUCGCUCUACCUUCGGCUUUAACGGGCGAUGCUCCCAGCACAAGUGGAGCCAAUGAGGUCUCUUCAUCCGAGUCUUCGGCCGAGGUCGCCAACGAAGAAAAAGAUCACCGGCGCCUAGACACGGACGGUGACUUGCUGGAGGAAUUUCUGGAGAAUGAGGGCAAGAUCCUCCGUUUGCCCACUGGCAGUGAUCUCGAUGUCGAUAUUGACGAACUCACCAAGAUGUUCUUGAAACGGAAUCCAUUGGACAAGAGCAAAUGUGUCGUCGAGCGCAAACCUUUCGACAGCACCGACGAUUUCGUCAAAAUUCUGCCCAUCACGUCCAAAAAUGCUUCGGCCGUUCCUUUGAUGCCCAUCAUCUCUGGCGAGCGCAUUUCCAUCAUCUGCUCCAGCGAUGAUGAUGAAAGUAUGUCCGACAUGGAUGAAGAGGAUGAUUCCGGUUUGAUCCAUUCCAGGCCGAUUAUGAUGCCGUUUGAUUUGAGCCGUCCCCAAAUGAGAAUUCAUCCAUUUGGUAUGAUGGGAGGCAUGCCCAUGAAUUCUCCCAACGGACCGAUGCCCUUCCCGAUGAUGAAUCACAUGAUGCAGCCACCACCGAGAUCCAUGAGGCCACAACUACCCCUCAAUCUCACUCCUCCUUCCUUCGAUUUCAAUAAUGCCCUGCUGGAACAGCGCCUUUUAAAUCCUUUCAAUGUCCCCCCUCCACCAUCACCGAUGCGAUCUCCCUUCCAGUCUUUCCCGGCUGGACGGCCUUUCCGUUUCCCGGAGGUUAACCUCCGCCAAAUGCACCCAGUUUCCCCUCCUCCACCUCAAUUCCAGCCGUUCCAUCAACGCCCGCUCGACAGCCACGCCAUGGCUGAGAAACGUUUCAAUCUCCCGUCCGACCUCGUUCCGGACAAUAGUCAGGAGAAAUCUCAUGUUCCGGAACAUCGCGGUAUGGACACUGCCGGUCCAGUUCGACCAUCUCUUGUCACGGUCCGCCCUAUUCCUCUCUUCCGAGAACGCGAGCCCAGCCCAGACUUUCCGAGCUUCCCGGAAGGUCUUCUUAGCCUUUUAGAGGAAUUGCCUGGUAUCCUGGGAGCCGAGGAGCCACAACCCGUCCAGCGACUAUCGAUCCAGCCUGGACAACCAGACCUUCCCGUCUUCCGUGUCCCGAAAUUCCUAUUGAGCACUCCUGGACCGAAAGAUGUCGAAGCCAGUACCGAAAAGCGCAACGGCCCAGCCCAAUUGCCAGCUCGUCCAGUUACACUACCUUUCUUGCAAGUUCCUCCUUUGCCGGCCGCUCUAGUGGCCAAAGAGCGCUCGGCUCCUAUUCCAGUCAACAUUCCUUUCUUGAACGUCCGCAACUCCGCCCCAUCCGCGCCCAACCCAAUGAUACCGGCGCCGGAUCGCCGCCAGGGGCGCGCUUCUUUCUUCGAGCGUCUGAUGGACUCGAUCCUCUCUCCUGUUAGCAACCGCCAUCCUUCAUCCAAGAACGAAAAAUCCUCGUCCGUGGAAUCCGCCGACACUCGUGCCGCCCAGCCAGUUCGCACCGGAGGUCGAGGACUCCGUACUAUGCCUGAAAGUGGACCAGUUGUUGAUCGCGGAAUAAUUGUUGCUCGUCCUAUCGCACCUGAAGAGGAAGCCAUUGCGCCCGAACAGGAUCGCCGUGCCAGAGCGCACUUUAUCCAGCCGCGCUCCUUGAAAGUUAAUUGAAUCGCGAUUUUAUGAAAUGGCUGAACACAGACUGUGCAGCACUUGUUAUUUUUGGUGACGAAGACAUCCGUCCGCGCAAUUUUUUUUUGAACGAAAAUUCGUCUUUUUUAGAAACGUCCAUAAAGAAAUACCGUAUUUCUUUUUUUUAAGGAGAUAAAAUCCCCGUUUUUAUUACUUUACGAUUCUAUAUUCUGUCCACCUGCAAUUCUAAUAUUUUCACUCUCUACACUAUAUUAUUGGUUAUCACAUUUAACCAUGUACAAAGUGCGUGCGUUCUUCUGCGGAAAAAUUACUAAACUUUAAGAAAGAGAAAAAUGUUCGGACAUUUUUAUGAAAGAUCUACACCGAAAACAUUAACCCGUUCGUCAACAGGUGCGUCAUAUCUUGGUUAAACGGUAGUGUGUAAUCAGUAGCCUACUGGGUCAAUUUACCUAAAGACGUUGAGAUACGGUGAACAGCGCGUCGGGUACAAAACAAAAGUGAUGGAUAUGUUAACUGACCAAUAAACAUAUGUCUGUUCUGUA